AUGUCUCAACAAGGGGCGGCCCUUCAGAAUUAUAAUAACGAGUUAGUUAAGUGUAAGCCAGGUGCAGUUUCAUUAUAAGCGUAUAGGUUUCGAGGAUCUUUGUAAAAGGCGCGAGGAAAUCCAGCGUCUUAUAUCGUUAGACGAGGCGGAAAAGGCCAAACUUCAGCGGGAAAUUAAUAUUCUUACUGAAAAAUUACAUCGGGUAAAUGAGGCUCUUCAGAAAAAACUGGCUACUCGAAACGAGUACGACCGCACUAUUGCUGAGUCGGAAGCGGCUUAUAUGAAGGUAAAUCUAAAUACCAAUCUCGUUGUCCUUGUAGAUCCUCGAAAGUUCUCAGACCCUUCUCUGUGUUUUGAAAAAAGAAGGCCAGGGUAUUUUGCAAAGGGCUGCUUCAAAAAAUGUGCCCAUUUAG